GCCUUUUACGUCUAAUUCUAGCUAGCUUUUCGGCGGCAGGUGCAACCUCAGCAACAACGAUAACAACGGGAUAAGAUAACGGGACUCUAGAGACGCAAUGCACCGAAUAUUGUUGGUGUUUCUGGCCGCUGCCGGGGCGUCUGUCCUCGGCCUCCCCAGGCUGAACGGGUCCACGGCGGCCGUGCCCUGCCUCGCCCCGCCGCAGUGGGAGGGCAGCUGGGUGCUGUACGACCACAGCACCGGGAGAAACAACCGGGCCGCUGUCUCCUACGACGGCCUGAAUCAGAGGAUCCGAAUCCUGCAGCAGAACAAGAAACACACCCCGUGUCAGAAGUUCUUUGAAUACAUCUACUUGUACCAGAGCAUGGUGAUGUUCCAGAUUGAUCAGAAGACCAAGGACUGCUCAAAGAUCGCUCUGACGGAGGCCUGGGAUCCCUUCGACAUCCCAAACAACUCCACCUUCGAGGACCAGUAUAUCAUCGGAGGCCCCGGGGACAACGUGGAGGUCCAGGAGUGGUCGGACAGGAAGCCGGCACGCCAACAUGAGACCUGGGUGGGCGUUUACACCCUCAAGGACUGCUACCCGGUGCAGGAGACCUACGUCAGGAACAGCAGCGUCACCACCUCCACCCGCUUCUUCAACCUCCGGCUGGGCAUCAGCGACCCCGACGUCUUCACCCCGCCCAGCACCUGUCAAUCAGCUCGGCCGGAGAGGAUGGCCGAGUCCGACUGCUGAGGCCUCCGCCGGCCCUCGCCUUUGACCUUAGACACUUAACAGCCUUCUGUAUGGAGGGAAAUCUGGUGCUAUGUGUGAGAGCUUGUAGACUUGAUGUGAGCACUUGAUUUCAUUUGAUUUUAUUUAAUUAGGAUCCCCAUAAUCUGAUAUAACAUCUCUUCCUGGGGUCCACACAAAACAUAAAACAUUACAACAGAUAAGACGUCUUGCAAAUACAACUAUACAUAUUCCUCUUCAUACACUCUUAUAAAUAUUACACUAAAUACUAGAGCGCAGCCGAUACUGAUACCAGUAUCAGUAUCGGCUCCGAUACUGCCUAAAACGCU